GAAGAGCUCCCUCAAAGCCAGAAUCGGUGCGCUGCCGAUCGGACGCGUUUUGCUCGAUUUUUCCCGUGGCGUGUGCUGUGAAGUGAACUGCGUGUGAGUGAGAGCUUUCCGUGAUUCGGGACACGGGAUUCUGUAAUGCAUCUUGUUGUUAAAUAACAACAUAAAUACCAGUAGUGACAAUAGUGCGGUUAUUGGUUUCGAGUGAUCGAUGGUUGUUGGGCUUUCACGGAUUCCUUCAUUUGUCAGUAAAGCCAAGUGUGGUAAGCAGAAUGUUGAAUGAAAAGUAAAGCGAAGAGGGUGACGUCCGAUUUAUUUACAACACCUUCGGGGGAAAUUCUAAUUGGAUUAGAAUGUGAAGCUAUGCGGGGAGAGAACGGAUGUUAUCAAUCAUUUGCUGAAACGCUGCACGGGAAAAAGUGCCAUUAUUUUCUCGGCUCGUGAAUUUAGUGACGUUUCUCUUGGCAAAUGUUGGAUGGUUUUCACCGAUCGCAGCAUCCUGGUGUUUUCGCUUAAUUUCUGGCUUCUCUGAUUUCGUUGCCAAAACAGCCCAGCAAUGGCCCCCCGUCUCAAGUGAUUCGUCAAGUGUGAAAAUGAUUUUAAAUCAAUGAAAGGGGCCAAAGAAAACCAAAAAAUAAAAUCAUCGGAAUGGUGGAUUAUGUGUGUGCCAGCAAUUAAUGGUGUGGUGGUGAAGAGUAGCAAAGCAAAAAAGUAAAACAAAAGAAAACGGAAAACACAAGAUAACGGGUAUUGGAAACCCUCCUCCUCGAGGCCCCAAAAUAAGUGAAGAAAAAAUGUUACCAAUUUCUCCAGCGCACUGGAUUAUAAGAUGUGAGCGAAAUCUGCCAGAAAAAGUGUGACCAGAUUUUCCAGCCCAGCUGGAUCAGAGGACUGUCAAACGAUGGAUUAAGGAAUACAGUGUUGGAAUACUUGCGAACGAAAUCUAGAUACUGUGAAGACAUCACCUGUUGUAUCAAUAACAGAGGCAACAAAUUCUUCCUGUUACUUUUCUUCAUCUUCCCCCUCUUCUAAUUAGUGGCCAAAUCGACUAAAAUUGUUGCAUCCCUAAGCCUUAUUAGGCUGUCUCUAGCCCUUCUUGAAAAAAAAGAAAGAAAAAGUGUGUGAUUGAAAGUGUCAAAAUACCUUGUUUUUCCGGCGAUAUUACAAGCUUCCCAUCAAUCAGCUAGCCCAUGUUAAGGGAAACAGGAAAAAAAAAAUCAAAGCUUACAGAAGCAGAAACAGCAGCACCGUAUCGAAUUACGUACCGGGAAGUGGUGAACCCUACUGGUUGUGAAUUACGUCCAAUUGUCUGAUACCCAAAAAGCGUCCCAGUCAAAACAAAAAUUAAAAGGGAUUGCACCUCGGAAUUACCGAAUGACGCAGCCGAGGGCCAAUUUGUACUACGAAAGCCGAUGACAAGCGGCGGUGUCAGUCGGUUCAAAGAAAGUGUACCCACUACCAAACUUCAUCGGUAGCCACGGUGUUCUGAUUGUUGUUUGGGUGAUAACCCACCCUUUCUCUCUCCCAGGUUAGAAUUGUUGUUAUUUUGUGGGAUAGCCGAACGAUCUUGGAAGGAUUACGGGAGUGUUCGCGGUGUGUGCGUACAUCCAAUUGGUUUUAAUAAUCAGUGUUGGAACGUCGGAGUUGUGAGCUGAUCGUAAAACGAUGAACGUGGGACAACACAGCGGCCCGGGGCCGCCACUGAAUCGGACCGGAUGUUCGGAUCGUUCGGUAACCGGACCCAGUUGCCGGGCUCUGCGGACGGCCGUCUCCGCCCUCUACUGCCUGGACGAUUUCGUGCGGGAGAAGAUCGGGGCCGGAUUUUUCUCGGAAGUGUAUAAGGUGACGCAUCGAACAACUGGAGAUGUGAUGGUGCUCAAGAUGAAUCAACGCCGAGCCAAUCGACCCAACAUGCUGCGGGAGGUGCAACUGCUGAACAAACUUUCGCACCCGAACAUUCUCAGGUUCAUGGGCGUCUGCGUCCAGGAGGGUCAGCUUCACGCGCUUACCGAGUACAUCGAGGACGGUUCUCUGGAGCAGCUGAUAGCCAACGGCAGCGUCCAUUUGUCACCGCUGGCCAAGGUCCGAAUCGCUCUAGGGAUCGCCCGGGGCAUGCAGUACGUACACGAUGUCGGUAUCUUCCAUCGGGAUCUGACGAGUAAAAACGUUCUGGUCAAGCGAAUGGCGGACGGAAUGUUCGAUGCGGUGGUCGGAGAUUUUGGCCUGGCAGCCAAUAUUCCCCGGAAAUGUGGUAAACCACGGCUGGACACAGUAGGUUCUCCCUACUGGAUGAGUCCCGAGUGCUUGAAAGGGCAAUGGUACGACCAGACCAGUGACGUGUUUUCCUACGGGAUCAUCCUCUGCGAAUUGAUUGCUCGGAUUGAGGCUGAUCCCGAUUUUUUGCCAAGGACUGACUCGUUUGGACUAGAUUACAUAGAGUUUGCCGAUCUCUGUCCGAACGAUACGCCACCGGCGUUUCUAAGACUGGCUUUUUAUUGUUGUACCUAUGAUCCAAAGAGUCGCCCAACGUUCACCGAGUGCAUCAAGAAGUGCACGCUGCUGUCGGAUGUCUGCGAGGAUAGCUUCAACUCCCAGCAGCACCGGUUGAGUCUGGGCAAUGGCAACAACCCCAACGCCGUCCUAACAUCGACGUUGUCUGCACCCUCGACCGUCGUCGGAAUGCUUACCCCGAACGGUGCUGCCGUUUCGAGUUCGGCGGUUUUACCUGUAUCAGUGACCUCUUCUUCUGUACAUAGCUGUAGUAGUAGUAGUAGUAGUAAUAGUAAUGUUAAUAGUACCGGUAGCACUAGCCUAAUCAUUAGUCCAAACGGUUCCGUCAAUGCGAAAGCACUUGUGAAUGGUGGCACCAAACGAGGCACCACGUCAGAUGUCCCCGGUCAAAUGCCUAACAGUGAGAGCUCCUCGGGGCCAUUCAGCAAGGAACCGCUGAGUCGAGAGAAUAGUCUUAACGGGGAUCGCGAUGGCGACAACCCGCUGCACCACAGGAGAUCUCUAUCGGAGAAUGUUAUUGUCUUCCCACCACACACCACACCCAGUGAUAAAGCCCGUUACCACAUGUACCAGCGAACGACCAGUAAGCUGGCCGAAUCGGUGAUACCGGAAUCGCCAACCUAUUCGAACCAAACACUACGGAAGGUCGCCGAAACGAUGCUACUGAAGGAUCCCCAGUACAAACCACGCUCCAAAACGGAACAGGGUGGACUGGCCAAGGGGACCAACCCUUUUUCGGCCCUGUCCCAGCUCAAGGGGGUCAAGAAAAUCCUUGGCCCCAAUCCGGCCGUUACGACGUACAGCUCCGGAGACUUGUUCAGCUCCUGCUUUGAGAUAUCGGCUCCGCUGCUGCGCGAAUGGAACAUUGUGCAGAACCGGAACUCCAAGAAUCGAGACGGCGUUAGCAGCGGCGGAAGUAGCACCGAUGGGCAGCCUAAAAGUCUCCCGAGUUCGCCGACCUCCCCGCGAAAAGACUACUGCGGCGAGGACGAAGACGAGGAAACCGCUGCCAAGAAGCUUAGGGCGAAACCAAAACUUUCGGAUCAACCGUCGUCCGAGCACGGGUCCGAGGACGGUACCUUCCCGGUCGGUUAUAGCUUCUCCCGAAAGGUCUCACUCGGGUCCGGCAUCAAAAAGUACCGCGCCAACUUUACCGAACUUUCUAGUCACCCACUGUACAAAAGUGGUGCCAUUGAGACUGAAUCGAGCAGCAGCAGUACCAGUGCGACGACGCUCGCUGAUACAGGUUGCAACGGUGGCGGCGGCGAUGGACUUGAUGAAAUCAUCGUUGAAAAGCCCGGGGCGGAUUGCGGAAGCAGUGCCAACAAUGUCGACAGCGGAACAGAGGAAGGUGGCAACGAUGCGGUGAUCCCGGUGACCACAAUCGUGCACGGAAGGGAUUUGACCGGUGGAAUCAAGAAGUCGUCAUCCAGCGUGAUGAGCGAAGUUGGAGCCCUAGAGACGCCUCGGAUACUGACCAGACGAGGUUCCACGGAGAGUGGAUUUUUCUCGUGUUUGAACGAAGAUUUUAGCACCUAUAAGUCAUCUUGCUGUUGUAUGGAAAAGGUUAACUUCGAAUCUGCUGAUCGUUUGGCGGUUUGUAGAUGUGUAUAUGGAGCAGGUGCGUCUGGAAAUAUUACUAGCCGGAUGGAAGAUCUUGAGCUGUCUUCCAAUCAAACACUGAACGAUAGCUCUAGUAUAUUGAUGCUGGACGAUUCCUCGACGAAUGUUAGCUCAUUGAGAAGCAUGGACGACUUGGAAUUGUCUGAUUCGAUUCGGAAGAAGUUCAACCAUAGACAUCACAUGCUCAGCAAUGUGGAUAUUGAUGCCCGCUCAAUAGAUAUGGGUCUGAUCAAUCGGUUAGCAUUAGAUUCGGAAAUUAACAGCAUGAUACAGAAAAAUCAAUUUACCAAUCAGUUGCUUUAUUGCAAGAAUCGAUCAUCGUCCAUUUUUACGGACAGCUCGGAUGACAUAAGUUCCCUAGCCGGAUCGGAUUCUUUACUGUGGGAUGAUCGGUCGUUCAUGACGAUACCGAACACCCGGUCGGCACAGAUUGCAAAAAUUGUUGAAUACUUCGAACGCAAAGGGCAGGCUUUCAAACCCUUCACUGUACCUGACUCGGCUGCCUUUGGCAGUUUGUCCUCCGGAGGCCAUUCUGGUUCUUCGGCUUCGUCCACAUCUUCUUCGGCGUCUGGUGUGUACCAUCAGUAUCAUCAUUUGCAUCGCAGCAGUGCGACUGGCGGGAUGGGCCCCCCCGAAAGCAGCCGACGUAGCUCCAACGGGUUCUGCAAACUAUCGGCUGCUGAGUUACGGCACCGGUCCGAGUACGAGGCCUUCUGUUUGGACCUGGAACGGAAGGGCAUCCAGACGCAACAGCAGCAGCAGCACCAUCACCGAUUGAACAACAUCUGUGAAGGGAAUGUGCGCUCCAAGCUACAAUUGUUUGAUAAAAUGAAGCAACAGCAGCAGGGAACGAGUGGAUCUAAUCAUUUUCAGUAACAGUUGCAAGACUAAAUUAAGCAAACUCGUUAUUUAAAAUUUUCUGUAGCAGUUCUUUUCUAAACUUACAUGAUUCAAUAUACAAAUUUGUGAAAUCAGAGAGCGAUUGCGGUCUUUGAAUAAUUUAGGUAUGAUGAGAAGGAAUAGCGGGUGUCAGAAAGAGCAAAUAGAUAAAUUUAUGUCGAAAGCAUUUCGAACACCUGGAAUCUCUUAACCUUCUAGCCACUUGCAUAGCAUUGCAUUAUAAUAUUCACUUAUUCUUUAAAAUCAUCCCCUUUUAAAAAUGUUGAAGAAAUUUUAAGAUGAAAUUUGAGUUUUGAAUUUGGACUACACUAAAUAUAUCUUUUUUUUUAUUAUUAUUAUAAAUUUUGCUGUUUCUGGGUUUAGAUUUGAAAUUUCUACUUCAAAAUUUUUCUGUUAUUAACAUUUUCUUGUGGUUGAUGAUUAUACGCAUAUUUACCACUGCUGAUUACAAGCUAAAUUAUGUUUGGCUCAAUUACAAUGAUAUUCACUCAAAUGUUGUCUUUGCUUUUUUGGAGUUUAAAGAUAAAGUCUGUUUCACAUGGAAUCUGGUCGGAUAACAUAGAUCAUUUCUCCGCAAAGAAAUAACGUACAACAAAAGUAAAAAUGUCAUUUUGUAGGUUUAAAAAAAAAUACAUAAAAAUCAUUCGUCAGCUUUUCGGAUGAAUUUUCGAACUUUUUUCUGUGAUACCACCCAUCAUUUUCUGCACAGUACUGCUGGUAACCUCAUUCGCCAUCUUGUUCCACCACUUUUCCAUUUGAGCGGGUUUUUUCAUGGUUCUGCCACAUUUCUUCAGUUUGACCUUAACUAUUGCUCAAUAUUUCUCGAUGGGACGAAAAUCCGGAUAGUUUGGUGGAUUGAUACUUUUUUCAACAAAAUCGAUCUUGUUCUCCUUAUACCACUUAACGACAUCCCGGCUGUAGUAGCAGCUUGCCAGGUGCGGCCAGAACUUCACCGGACCUUUGUGGGACCGAAUGAAUGGCAAAACCCUCUUUUGGAGACAUUCUUCUUUGUAAACAUUUCCAUUCAGUGUGUCCCCAGUGAUGAAAAUCUUAGUCUUCUUCCCACAACUACAGAUCCCUUGCCAAAUCAUCAACUUACGAGUAAAUUUAUUUACGAAAAAAAACUUCCUACCCGCAACAUUCCCUUUACGCUUCGCAAGGUAAAAUUUGUUACCGGGUAUUUGUCCAAAAUCCAUUUUGACGUAAGUUUCGUCGUCCAUCAAAAUGCAUCCGGUGUACUUGGUCAACACUUUCUCGUACAACUUCCUUGCCCUUGCCCUUGGUUUUGGCAUCCAGGUUUUGUUUCAGCGUCCUGUUGGGGUGUUUGCUUGCAUGAUACGACCGCAAGUCUUCUCGCAAACAAAUUCUUUGAGCUGUACUUUGGUUCGUCUUGAACUUUUUCGCCAAAUCACACAAGGAGAUUCCAGGAUUAUUGUGAACUGAUCGAAUUACCUUUGCUCGCAGCUUCAGGCCAUAUGUGCCACUUUUACGCUUGAUUUGUUUUGCUCGAUACACCGUAAGGGUCUCCCGGUAACGUUGCAGCACCGAAUUUACAGUCGAUUUUGGAUAUUUCAGGAAUUUCGCGAUCUUUACCGCUGACCACGUCGGUUUCUUUACGUGAGUAUGCAGAAUUUUCUCUCCCCUUUCGCGUUCCAUUGUCGAUAACUUUUGACUCACUGCUUAAAUCUUGAUGAAAUUUUGACCACUAAGUAAACAAACCAUCCGGAUCAAAACACUGUCAAAAGAUUCGCGAUGUGACAACUAGGGGCGCUGCAGUAAAUGAAAAGAUGCGAUCAGAUUGUAUGUGAAACAGACUUUAGCUUUCAAUUCAAUGGGGAUAUGUAUUUGGUACCUAAAUAAUAAACAAAUUUUAAAGUGAGUUUUUGAAUUAUCGAAACCACUAUUCAAGUAUCUAUGGAAGUGUGAACUGACUGCAUGAGCAAUACUAUGUAAUGAACUAUUAAGAUGAUUGUGAUCACUUAUCCCAGAUGGACUGAACCUGAAUAACAAAAAUUAAUGAAAGGAUUUAAAUUGUCCAAUUGAAGUGUAUGUUCCUCAUCAUCCCGUUAAUGUGAACCAAAUUUUCCACACAGAAAAAUCCUUGUUGUAAGUACCUCAUUGAAAUCAGAAAAAUAUCUGUUCCGUUAUGUUGUGCUGGAAGUUGUGCAGUGUAAAGAAAAUGUUUUUUGAAAUGUCCGUUCGUAACUUUUAAAGAAAAUAUUUAAAGGGCCUUAUAUUUUUCAAACUCGUAGCAAAAUGCUGCUUUCGUAAUUCAAAGGGUAGCGAGCAAAAGUUGUAUAUAACGUAGCAAAUAUAUACAUAUUUGUAGAAUAAUGUAUUAUACAUUUGUUUUAUCGAUAGACAAAUUUAUACACUUAAACAUGCAGAGAAACACACAAACAAAACACAUUAACGCAAACAGACAGGCAAAUCAUAAUUACAAACUCAAUUAUUAGAGUACGAAAUGUGAAAACAUAUACGUUUGCAAAAUUUUGACGUCCACUUAAACCGAAAACUACAAAUUAUGUAACGUUUUAGAAAAAAAGUUUAAAUGAAUUAUGCCGUAAUUAAAAAGUUAGUAAUGGCGGGAAUCAAAAGAAAAAGUCUAUUAUAAGGGAAUCACGAGUAGAAAACUGAUCAUCAGUAACCAAUGCCAAAUUUAUAGUCUUCACCCAAUCCAUGUAAGCUCGUCUUCCCUACUCUCAAACGCCAUCACCACAAUCCCAAAUGUUGGAACUGUUCUUUCCGCGUUCUUCUAAGAUUGUAACUUGCCAAAAAUCAUAACCGCCAAGUCUGAGUUGCCUAUUUCAACACCGUUCAGCAAUUUUCGGUUGCUUCAACCAGUAUUUUACGUUCCUAUUUACAUAAACAAGAUAAAUCCGGAGAAUCAAAACUUACAUCGAACAGAAAAUCAAAACAAAAUCAAUAGUAUGGCAUUGAACUAUCACGCAUGCAAAAACGAUGAAGUUGAGUUCUAACUCAAUGGAACUUAACCGCUAAUCAAAUCUACCUUUGAAGAUGCAACCAAUCAGUAUCACAAAACAGUAGUCUUUAAACCCUUAUCAUUAGCUAUAUAUUUCUUCUUCCAUAGUAUUUUGAUUAUUCGUCUUCCUUUCAGGUUAUUUUGGCCAUAGAAUAAAACUGAAUAUCAACAUUUUGAAUUUAGCUCGUUUCCAUCUAAGUGCACUGACAGAAAUCAUUGCUGCAAAAAUAUGAUCUAUCAAUCGAUAUUCUUGCUAUUGCUAAGUCUUAUUAUUUUUUAUUAAAAACUAAAAUAGGUAACUGUUUGAAAAAUAAUAAUUUUGAAUGCCUUUUUCAAAGUUUUCUUUCAGAAGCUUUGUUAAUAGUGUAAAAUGAUUGUUUUGUUUGACUUUCAAUAGUAGAAACCAAACUUAAGACCUAGCGAAAAAUCAAAAUCAAAAGUGGUAACAAAAUUGAAUAUCUAAUCCCAUUCUGGAUUAUAAUUUUUCAAACAAGUUGCGAUUAUAUUGUUUAUAAUUUCCAAACAUCAUACUUAGCAUAUUCAUCAACUAGAAUUAUACUCAAAUGGGCAUGUUUGCAAUACUAGUUCUUAAAGAGAUAUUUAAGUUUUCUUCUACAUCUUUACUUAUUGCGAGCACAAUUGUCAAUCCAUAGAACUAACCUGUAAAAAAACAUCGUGUUGUAGGACUCUAUGGUAGUCCUUUCAAGUAUUACCAGUAAUUCACCUUUGAUACUUACGUUAAUCAUUUCUUCUAUCCUUCAUAUAAUCAUUUUACUACUAGACUGUAAGCGUGGUAUUUAUUUCACACUAUUAAAAAAUAUAAAAAGAACCUUUUGUACAGAGAAAAGCCAGGUUUUUAUCAAAUAAAUUUCGCCACUCCGUCAACUCUCUAAGAACAAAUGUACUGAUGAUAUCGAAGCACAAUUAGACCUGAACCGAAGCAAAUAAGACAAUUUUAGUGUUCCUUAUUUAUUUGUUUUAAAAGAAAAUGUAUACUCCAAUGAGUGCAAGAUUCGAACCGUAGCGUUGGAGUAGUUUCUUGUUCGUUUAGUGUCUAACCCUAAGUAGCGGAAAAAAUAAUGAAACUAAAAUUAAUCCUACCCAUGCCCAUACCUAAACUCGAAAUCAAUCAAUCGAAAUUCAUGCCAAAAUCGUUCUAUUGUUACACAAUUGAAAAACAGGAAUCCGACAUUUGUUAAGAGCAAAGCAGCACUCGUUUCAUUAAGUAAAAAUCCACACUUAAACCAAACACCACAAAAGCGAUUUCUAUAACGAAGAGCAAAAGUAUUACCUUUUUUGAUCACAAGAAACAAAUAAAUAACUUUCCUAUACAUACGAACAAAACAGAGUUUAAACAUAAAAAACCCCGAUGUGUCAAGUGAACGUGAUGAAGGUAAACUGUAAGCCGAGAUGAACGAAACCAAUGUAACUGUACUCUGUACUUCGUAGGUUUUAAGUAACGGCGAAGCCGGUUAAGUCGGCGAUAGUCCGAUCACCUAAAUUAAAACAAAAAACUACAACAGUUAUAAAAAAAAUCGAAGAACCUACUAAUGUUUAUGUACAUAUGAGCCGAUGGGAAGACAGAAAAAAUAUUAUAUAUUUGAUUCAUUUAGCAACAGAGAGUAGAAGAAAACAUAGCGGUGGGAAAAUAUUUAUGAUUUAGAGCAAAAGAAACCAUGGGAAGAAAUAAAGAUUCUAAAAAAUUAA